GCAGGUAUGAAUUUUUCUUAAUCUUAAUCUUAAGUUAUAUUUGAAUUAAAACCCUAAAAAGAAAAGAAGAAAAAACUCAACACUAGCAGCUCGCCAGCCCUAUCAAACAAAAAAAUAUACAGCUGCUACUACUUCAACUCGCCGGAAAACGCAACGGAGUCGGUCGUCAACAGCCAGAAACAAAUGGAAAGCAGGGAAGACAAGUCAAUUUCUGACUUGAAGGAAGAAAUUUUCAAAAAAUUCAGAGAUUUCAUGACAAGGAUUACAAAGAUUGAUGAGUUGGGAACUAUUGGAAGCAAGCUGCUGGCUGGCUUUCAACAAGCAUUGGAGUUUAUUCGGAAGCCUCCUAUAGAUACAAAAUCUAAAUUAAUCAACAACAUCAUUAAAGCUAAUGAAACUAAAAGACUGAAUUCCUAUGUCAAUUCCGAAUGUAAGAAGCCCAAAGAUGUUGUCCAGAAUGUCACCAAUUUGAACUCAUGUAAACAAGGACUUCUUCACCAUAUAAGAGAAGCAAAAGUAGCACUUGAUGAACUUGGAGAUAUACUGGCUAAUGUAACAAGUGUUACGCAAAGUAUAUAUGGAAAAUUAUCAGCCCUUUCAGAUCCUGAUAUUGAUGUUAAAUUCAAUGAGCUAGCGAUUUGUGAAGAUUUGGAGGAAAAUACUGCUUCCUGUCCUUCUGGAAGCACUGAUGUCACAACCACAAAAAUUAAAGAAAAUAUUGAUUACACACAUUUAGCUCUCCUAAUGGCUGCCGUAUACAGUAUGGUCCAGCAAGACUAUUUGAUGCAGGAAAGGAUCGUUUCCGCUUUAGAUCUGAAGUUGUCGUCGGAGGAACUGGAAAGUUACUACCUAAUGUGGUCUUUGCAUCCCUUCAUAAAUGAUGAAAUCAUUCAUCAAGCGUGGAGACAUAUUCACUGAACAGUCUUAUGUUUUUAUUGUAUAGAAUCAGUUACCAUCAGGCUAGAUAAAGUUUUUGCCCUAUUUACAAUUAAUUCUAUUUAAAGAAUGGCCCUUAGAGUUAUCAUAUUCAUUCCAUAUAUUUUUUUGUUUUUUGUUUUUUAUAUUCAUUACAUGUAUGAUACUAAAUCUAAUUGGAACAGUAACACUUGAAUCUGAAUAUUUCUCGCUUUCUAAUAUCAAGGAUUGCAUCUAUUUUGUCA